AUGCCAGCCUUGAACAACUUCGACCAGGUCCGCAGCAACAUCCGAACACAUGCCCAAGGCAUCUUUUCUACACCCCAUCACGAUCCAAAGGGCGCUGGAUUGACAAAUUGGCGGUCGCCCGAGAUACCAAUACGCGCAGACUUUGCGUACCUCGCUCGCUCAUACAUCGAGACAAUACACGAGUCGUAUCCUGCUGUUCACUGGCCCACUUUUCAGCGAGAAGUGGACGAAGUGUACACUUCGAAAACAUUCGAGGGUUGCUCUCGUGAAUGGGUCGGAUUAUUCUUUGCGGUAUUGGCUUGUGGCGCUUUGCAAGCUGAACCGGGGCACACCAACUCUCCUACCUCAGUGUCAAAGGGCCAGGCAAUGUAUGAGACCGCGACUGCUGUUCUCCAGUCCUGGCCGCAUGAUGUCUCAGUUACAUAUGCCCAAGCAGCACUUCUGUUGAGCAUCUACGCUACUGAGUGCAACUUGGGCCCUGCGGGCUCUAUGUGGCUCGCCUCUGCCGCGAGAAUGGCUCAGGAAUUGCAAUUAUGCCCUGAAGUCGAUGUCUGGCCUCUUGUCGACGGUGAGAUCCGACGUAGGCUCUGGUGGUCCAUCUACGUUCGCGAUAGGAUCAUGUCGCUUGAGACAGGCAAGCCUAUGAUCAUCAACGAAAUCGACUGCGAAAUAUCUCUGCCAUCCGCCGUGGACGACCGCUACAUCCAACCGAACAGUUCCUUCCGCUCGUUAGCGAAGCCAACUCACUAUACUGGGUUCAUGGCGAACAUACACAUCACACGCCUAUAUGCGCCACUGCGGCAAAUUCUCAAAUCAAGCGUAGUUCUCCCACAGAGCCUACAAAGCUUUGAUGAAGAGCUUCGACUUAAGUUGCUGCUCCUUCCUGAAGCCUACCAGCCUGAUUCCAAUACACUGUUCGACAUGUCGGCACUGCCUACAAUCUUUUGCUUGUUGUCCGCUCGCUUUAGUGUGUACCGGCGCAAUCUGACUCCAGUAGCCGGUCUCGCGGAGCGAAUGAGUGCUCUAAAGCGGUGCUUUUCUGUUUCUCAAGACACGGCAACUCAUCAGCUCGAGCAGGAUGAGGAGAUGAUCGCGUACGUCAGUGCGGACGCUCAAAGCAGCCUUGAGCAUUCUUGGGUUUGGGCGGGUGAUAACUUGAUCUCUUCGAGCAUGAAGCCAGACCCGACCCCCAUCGCUACAAGAUCGCCGAGCGGCGAUGAACCGAUGCGGGACGCACUACCAUUGCGCACGUCAUCUGGUUCACCGAUGAACACUACAACUGAACCGGAUGAGUGGAGCAAGGUUGAGCAAAUGGUCAAGCAGCUGAUGGAUGAGCUCCUUCAUCGAUCCACGCAAUCGCCUGCCUACUAUCCUCCACCCCAUAAUCCUGUUAAGCGCGUGCAGUUGGCACCGGAAGCACCACCACCACCACCAAAGAUGGCGCCAAACCCAAGUCCGACACCGUCAGGCACAAGUCGCAUCAGCAUUGCGAACAUUAUAUGA